AUGAACACCAGCCACGGCUUUAGCCAGACCUACUCGGCCUCCAUCCACAGCCUUGGAGGCAGCUGGGGGCGGCCUGGGAGCGUCCACAGAACUCCCAGCGUCCACGGAGGCGCAGGGGGUGUCCGCAUCUCUCUCUCCUUCACCAGGCCAGGCUGCCUGCCUCCUGGAGGGUCAUGGGCAUCUGGAAGAGGGGGUCCCCUGCUAGGCGGAAAUGGCAAGGCCACCAUGCAGAACCUCAACGACCGCCUGGCCACCUACCUGGAGAAGGUGCGCGCUCUGGAGGAGGCCAACUCGAAGCUGGAAAGCCGCAUCCUACAGUGGCAUCAGGAGAGAGAACCCAGCCACAGAAAAGACUAUUCCCAGUAUGAGGAAAACAUCAGCCACCUGCAGGAGCAGAUAGUGAACAGUAAGAUGACCAACGCUCACAUGGUUGUGCUCAUUGACAACGCCAGGAUGGCCGUGGAUGACUUCAACCUCAAGUAUGAAAAUGAACACUCCUUUAAGAAAGACUUGGAAAUUGAAGUUGAGGUCCUCCGAAAGACCUUGGAUGAUCUGACCAUUGUCACGACAGACCUGGAACAGGAAGUGGAGGGAAUGAGGAAAGAGCUCAUCCUCAUGAAGAAGCGUCACGAGCAGGAAAUGGAGGAGAAUCAUAUGCCAAGUGACUUCAAGGUCAACGUGAAGGUGGACACAGCUCCAGGGGAAGAUCUGAUUAAGGUCUUGGAAGAUAUGAGGCAAGAAUACGAGUUAAUAAUAAAGAAGAAACAUCAAGAGUUGGACACCUGGUUUAGAGAGCAGUCAGCAGCCAUGUCCCAGGAGGUGGCCAGCCCGGCACCUGUUCAAGGCACCCAAAGUGAUAUCCAUGAGCUGAGGCGAACAUUCCAGGCCCUAGAGAUUGACCUGCAGGCACAGCACAAUAGGAAAGCCGCUCUGGAAAACAUGCUGACAGAGACGCGGGCUCGGUACUCCUGCCGUCUCCAGGACAUGCAGCAAAUCAUCUCCCACUAUGAGGAGGAGCUGAUGCAGCUGCGCCAGGACCUGGAGCGUCAGAACAAUGAGCACAGGGUGCUGCUGGGCAUCAAAAGCCACCUGGAGAAGGAAAUUGCCACCUAUCGCCAGCUCCUGGAGGGAGACGAAAGGACAGUGGACGAAUCUGAGUCAAGAAUGAAAGGAUCUGCCGCUUCGACCAUCAAGACCAUUACUCAAGAGAGCAUCAAUGGAAGAAUAGUCCUUUCUCAGGUGAAUGAGAUCCCAAAGCAUGUGUGAGACCAAUAAGUCUCUGCCUGUUGUAAAAACCAUGUUCCCCCUAUGGAAAGUCCUUGCCCAGACACCAAUGGGUGAGUCUCAAUGGGAACCCUUGGAGUUUUCGGAUUCAGAAACUUUAUUCUCUAAUGGUCUCACCAGACUUCCCAUGAUGCUCUUCAUAUAUUGCUGAAAUUUUUGAGUGAAAGAAGCAGUUUAUGAAUUAAAGCUCUA